UGGCCGUCGGGCUGAUGGUGGCGGCUUGCGUCGUGGCGGCGGAGGACUGUUCGAACGUGCUGACUGAUCUGCUGGAUUGCCUGCCCUACGUGAGCAACGGCAGCAACACGAGCAGCCCCAGCGCGGGCUGCUGCAUCGGGGUCACCGACGUCGUCAUCGGCUCGCCCGCCUGCAUCUGCGACGCUCUGAAGCAGGCCCGCGAGCUCGGCGUCGAGCUUAACACCAGCCGCGUGCUUGCCCUCCCGGCUGCCUGCGACGUGAAGGAGCCGGAAAUUCGUUGCGGCGGUGAAAUUCCUCCUGCUUCUUCUCCAUUGCCGUCAAGAGCGCCAUCUCCGGCGCCACAGUCAUCAGAGGCACCUUCUUCGCCACCGCCGUCGCCAAUCUCCGCUCCGACUCUGACACCUACCGGCUCUCCGCCUCCACCUCCGCCACCACCCCCAGCCCCGUCAACUGAAGGACCAUCACUGUCGCCAGCCGAAGCACCGGCAAGCGACGACCCAUUGCCGUCUGAUGCGCCACAGCUUGCUGCUUCCUUCCUGCUCCUGCUCGCUGCUUUCGCUGUCACUUCUGCUCUUAAUGAAUUAUGUAUGAAGAUUUGAGCUCGUUAGGUUCCUGAAA